AUUACAAACUCAAAUCGAAUUGAAAACAGCGACUAGGUACUGGGAUGACGGAUCAGACCAACAGCCACCAACAUUUGUCUCAGCGGCCCAUUUGUAACACGAAGAAAGAAAAAAACUAGUAAUAGAAGAAGAAGAAGAAAAACAGCAAGUAGAAAAAAUUUGGGCUUUUCGUUACUUUUUUCCGCAAACGUUUUGUGUUGAGUUGAGUUUCAUGGUUCUUUUCCCCAUUUUUUUCUACAUUCUUUUCUGGCUGCACAGAAAAACAUUUUCGUUGAAUACGAUAUUCCGAAUGUUUCGUUUGUGUGUGUGUGCGUGCUUCUGUGUGUGUGUGUCUCCAGUUGUGCCUGUGUAUGUAUCUGUAUUUGGCAUCCAAACCGGCAAGUUUUUCUUUUUCAAAUCAGUUUUGAUUCAUAGAUACAACCAGGAAGAUGUCGAUUUUCUUCUCACAUUUUCUUCAUUCAUUUCCAUAACUCGGUUUGAAAAAAAUUCAAAGUCGCCAAUUGAGGCCAUGUAGCAAAAAUCUAGAAACACAGUUAAUAACAGUAUUGAAUAAAAUUAGUGAACUGGAAAACUUACAACAAUUAGUGACAAAUAAAUAAAACAAAAUUUGUUUGAAAAAAUUUAAGAAUUUUUUGGCAACAUUCCGUAAAGAACGCUGAGCGUCCUUUCAAAUUACAUUCAAUGUUAAUUCCACGACAAAAACAUUCCAAUGGCAGUUCCAUAUCCGUAAAGAAAUUCCCAAAUUCCAGCAUCGAAAUAAAACCAAUAUUUAAGAAAAUGCCACAACACAGCCACAUCAAUCAAUUGUUGAGCACAGCUGCCGCAGGAAAUGGUGUCAUAGGUGAUGUGGAUGCUCUUCUAACACCAAUGGCCAAUUCGGGAAAGCAAAGUGUUGACAUGGCCAAUAGUAGUGGUGGUUCGAACAGCAAAGAACGGGCCGAGCGUAACUUAUGGCGUAACGAUGAAGUCAUGGAAAUGCUUGCGGUAAUGCAACAAACCAAAGCCUUGGAAAAGCUCAACGACAAGACGGUCAAAAGUGAAAAUGUCUUCAAAGAUGUGGCAGCAAUAAUGCAUAAAAAUGGCUUCAUAAAGAAAUCCCAUGUCCAAAUAUGGACUAAAUGGAAAUUUUUAAAAAGCACCUACAUGACAUCGCGUCGUAAUGGUGUAAUACCACGGAUGAUACCACAAGAAGUCUAUGAGACAAUUCAUCUAAUGAUUACCACAUAUAAUCAGGGAAUGAGUGAAUGUGGUACAUCGACCACUGCCUCGAUGGAUGGGGAUAAUUCCAAUGCCGGCCAUGUUUCAAGGGCCAGUCUUGAUGGGCCAGCAUCAAAAACAGCUAUAACUGAAAGUAAUCAAACAGAAAAUAAUUUUGAUAUGGCUCAUCCCAUUUUUGGUUUUAGCUUGGGUCUGGUUAAGGAUGAGCCAAGCGAUACAGGUUAUAAUGCUGUGGAAAACAACACCACUGAUCCGCUGAAUGAUAAACAAAAUAUAAACAGCACAAGGGAUAAAAUACAAAUACCCGAUAAAUCAACAAACAUAAUUACCGAGAAUCAAACGAUCAAAACAUUAGAAAUACCACACAGAGGUCGGGGACGACCACCAAAACCAAAGAUUUUACCGGCAGCUACUUCCACACCAAAUGCCACCACAUUAUCACCGUCGACUACAGGUCCACCAAAUCUUCAACAACUGCCACCACUGAGAGUAGCUCCUUUUGCUAAAGCUCCCAACACAAGCAAUGCUUUGACAGCAAGUCGACCGCCACCACCACUCACAAUGCCACCAUCUCCGAGGCAGAUACAAAUUACUAGUAUUCCCAAUGUGGCCGCUAAAACUCCCAACAACAAUAAUCCCACAAAGAUGGCUAUACAGAAGAAAAUUUUACCCAAACUAUCUUUGGCUCCAAAUGAGAUACAAACAUCUACAGCUACCAUACGCUUUUUGAAAGAUCUCCAAACAAGUCGUGCUUCAUCGUCCUCACCUUCCAACAACUAUCCCAAGUUGAAACAAGUGCCAAUGCGCAAAACUCCAUAUUCGUUAAGGCCAGAGAGAUUAAUACCCGAUUUAGAUGAAUCCUUUUCACCACCUCGUAUGGAAUUGUCUGAAUCCCAGGAAAGAUGCCAACGUGAGACGGCAAUGGUAAAUGGUCAAACUUUGCCAAAUGGAGUUUAUCGUAAACGUAGACUUGAUUGGUCGCAGCAACAACGUAACACGCCCACGAAAUUCCGAAAAAUUCCUAGUGAUGAUGAGGAGGAUAUGCCUGCCAUUCAACCGCAACAACUUCCUAACCAAAAAGACGACAGCAGACGCUAUGGAAAACAUCUACAAAAUGUCGUAAGUGACUUGAGCACAAAUAUGCGUCAGAUUCAGAGCCAAAUGAUGAGAGAAUUCUUUGAAAAGCAACAUGAAUUGUUGCAGAAAGAACAUGAAUUCCAAGUGCAGCAGGAUCGUAUGAUCAUGGAAACGUUUCAAUUGCAAACCUACGAAAUUGUAAAAUCUAUCAAAGAUUUAAUGGGCAGCAUAGCGAGUGGUGCCAGGAGAAAUGACAUGGAAGAACAACAUUUAAAUUCCAAUUCCAAUCAAGAACUAAUUGAACACGAAGAAUUACAAAAUUUGGGAGAGAGCCAAGAACAAAAUAUGCAUAAUGAGGAUGCAAAUGAUUCCCAAGAUGAUAUGGAUCAAGAAUUGGAGCACCAUGAAAAUGAGUUUUCUACCGAAGAGAUGGUGCAGGAUAAUGAGACUGGUGUCGCUUGUCAAGAAAAUGAUGAGGAAGAAACCCAGGAACCCCAAGAUAAUGAACUAGAAUAUGCUGAAAACAACGAUGAACAAGAUGGUGUUCAAAUACAACUGCAACAACACGACGAACAAAUGCAACACCAAUCUCAAUCCGACCAACAAGAUAUUGAAUCACAAAACGUCGUUGUGGAGGAUGACGAUGAUGAUGAAGACGACGACGAUGAUGAUGAAGACGACGAUGACAGCGAUACAGAUGAUGUGUCAUCAACAACUACCGAUAAUGAUGGUGAUUCAAGGCAUAUGAUCAAUGGCGAUCAUUCGGCAAAUUUAGAUCAAAUGCUUUCAACCGAACUGACUGAAGAAGAUUAAAAGACAUCACAAAAUUAAGUUAAGAAUACUAUAUUUCACAUUCCACGUUUUGAACUACCACACAAAACAUUCCACACACACACAUACACACAAAAGAAACUGAAAUUGCUUUAAAAGCGCUUAGUUAACUACUACUUGUAAAUCUGAACCCUAAGACUUUUAUUUUGUUACUAUUAUACUGUGUUUAGAUACAUACGUAAUGUAUAUAUAAAUCUCUAAACCAAGAUAUGAAAUUUUGAAAACUAAAAGUAUUUUUUCCUCAUAUACAUACAUUUGUUUAAAAAAAUAUACGUAUAAUGAAUAAGUUAAAACAAAGAUUUAAACAGAAAUCCUUAACUAGAAUAACAUCAAGAUGUUGAAAAAAAUACGCUUUGGCCUUAAGGGGCCAUUGGCAUAGACUAUGAAGUAUUAAUAUUUUUAAUAUGAUAAGACUAAAUACUACUAUUCUUAAUAAUAAAUUAAGAUUUAAAGUGUAGAUAAGUUAUGUCUUUGGAAAUAAUAAAUUAAAAACAAUGAUUAAACCGUA